GAAGUUGGCAGUAUUGUAUGGUGGUUUUUUUCGGGAGGCGUUUUGUCGAAUUUUGGUCCGUGGAUAAUUAUCGUGUGGUUUUACGUUGGGAAGUUAUUUAUCGUGCUUCGUCCCCCUCCCCAGUUAUCAUUGAUCGGCAUUCUGCAUCCGUGUUUCCGUAAAUAUUAAAUUGAUACUAAAUUAAUAGAUAGUUUUGGUAAAUAAGUCAUAAGAAAAGUGAAUCAAUUUCUGGUCAAGUAUUACAUGGUUUUAUAAAUUUAACAAAUUUUCAAUUAGUCAAUUUUAAUAGUACAUAAGUUUUAAAAUUAACUCAAUUAAUUAAACCUACGAAUUAUGUACAUGUCAGAAUUGUUCAAUUUGAUUCAUUAUAAAUAAUUAAACUAUAAAAAGUGAGUGGUUAUCAUUAAAAUAAUAAAAUGGGUGGCAAAGGAUCAAAACAUGAUCAUAUAGAUCCAUUAACGCAGGAUGAAAAUGAUGCUAUUGACAGAUUGAUGAGCUACAAAGAAAUUACAACAUUUGAUGAUUUGAUACAUAAAUGGACUUCCUAUUUGACACCUAACAUGAAUGGUCAUUUGAAACAAAUGAUAGCUACAACCAAACCGUGCAGACAGCGUGUUGUACAUGUUUAUAGGUGUUUAACAAUAUGUGAAUUAUAUCAUGCAUCUUAUCUAAAAUUAAUGACAAUGGUACUCUCUAAAUCAAAUGUUCAGUUAUAUACAACUGAUUUAUUAGAAACCAUAAUUCUUUGUUUGAAAGAUACUAAUGAAUAUGCCUACUGGAUCCAAAUUGGAGCUAAAUCCCAUACCACUCAUCAACUUGCUUCACAAUUAUCUAAAAAAGGUUUGUCUGGGGAUAUCAAUGCAUGGUUACAGGGUAACACUCUUCUUGCAUUGUUGCAUAAAGCAUUAAUCACAACACUAUACUUUGUUCCACAUAAAUUAAAUUUACUUCCAUCUAUUGAUAUAAAUCAAAAAUAUAAACAGUCAUUCAAGACCAUUUUGGAUGUUGGAUGGAUAAUGUUCAUAAAAAACAGUUUGCCUGUUGAAUGCCAAGAAAAUUGGCGUUUAUUAUUUUCAUCAUCUUCUCACGGUGAGAGCUUUCAAUCAUUGAGCUCUGCUAUUAUUGACCAAGGGGAUACAAUUUUAAUCCUAAGAGAUCAUAUUGGUAAUGUCUUUGGUGGAUAUGCUUCACAGCCAUGGUUACUAAAACCCAAAUUUUAUGGGGAUUCUAGCAGUUUUUUGUUCUCUUUGCAUCCCAAUUUAAAUAUUUGUAAUGCAUCUGGACAUAAUGAUCACUAUAUGUAUAUGAAUAAUGGUCAAUACACUUUACCUAAUGGCAUUGGAAUGGGCGGGCAGUUAGAUUAUUGGGGUUUAUGGUUGGAUGCAGAAUACGGAAUUGGGCUGAGUAAUGUUUCGUGUUCAACAUACAGUGAUUAUUCAAUGUUAUCAGCAGUGAAAGAUUUUAAGAUUGAUGCAUUGGAAGUAUGGUGUGUAAAAGAAAAACCAAUUAAUGAUGAUGUAGAGGAAGAAAGAAUACAAACUAAAUCAAAUCGAGAUGAUUGGGAUGUGAAGCUUUUGGAAAUGGCUGGGCGAACAAAGUAUUCUGAUGGAUUAAAAGAAGAACAUGAUGAAACAUAAAUUCAUAAGUAACGAGAUUUUUUUAAUUAAAUUUUUUAUAAAGUACUCAAAUUAUACCGGUUUUUAUUUUGACAGAUUUAAGUUUUACUGAGCCGAUAUACUUUUGUAUUAUAUUUUGUUUUAUUUAUUUUGAUUUUUAUGUUAAGUAUAAAUCAUUAAUUGAUUAAUAUAAUAAUUAUUUCAAGUAACAAAACAUUUAUGAUUUUUUUUUUUAUUUGAAUUUUAUUGUCAUGCCAUAAUAACUAAUAAAUUAUUGUUUAUAAGUUUAGGUACACUAAUCAAAAGAAAAUUAAGAAUAGUUCUCAUUUAUUUUCAAAAUAAGAAUUAGAUAAAGUAAAUAAAUAAAUGAAUCAAUGUAUUGCCUAGAGUAUUAUAGUAAGUGUAUUAUAUGACCAGUUUCGAAUUGUAAAUUCAUCAUCGGGUAUACCACAGUCAAAAUGUACAACGUGAAUGAAUAUAAAAAAUUGAAUGAUGGAAUACAUAGAAAAAUUUAAUUAUACAAAUUGUUCGUUUUACAUAGAAUAUAGAAAUAAUUUAUUUUAAUAGGAGAGAUUAUUUAAAAUUAGUUAUUAUUAAACAUAGAUAUGUUAAAAAAUAAAUUGUUUGGUUAUUAUUUAUUAUUUAAAAUGUAUUAAUACAAGACAGUGGCGGAUUUAGAUUCUUGAGAGCUUGUAUACAAUUUUUCUGUGAAGGCUCUAUUAAUAAGACAGAAUUUAAAAAAAACUCAGAAUUUUGUCAUUCUCAUGUUACAUCUUUUAGUUAUAAAAAUAAUAUAACUAACGAAUUUGUUAAAAUUCUGAAAAAUUAUACAAAUAAUGUAAAAAUCGCUUUUAAGACUACUAAUGAUUUUAAUCAAACAUAUAAACAAUAUAACUAAAAACUUCACAAAAAAUCCCCCUUCUUUAGAAAAUGCUGGUAUAUAUAAACUUAAAUAUAACUGAAAUAAAUUCUAUAUAGGUAAGACAUAUACAUUUUAAAAUAAGAUAUAAAGAACAAAUUUUUGAAAUAAAAUUAAAAAAGACUGCUCUUAAUUCAAAUUUUUCUAAAUAUAUAUUAAGAAAUAAAAAUAAGAUAAGUUUUGAUAUUAAUACAGACUUAGAAAUAUUAAAUACCCAAAAUAUCAUUUAUAUUAAUUCGGAUUUUGAAUAAUUACACAUAAACAAUGAAAUAAAGAAAAAUAAUAUCUUAUAUCAAUGCAUUUUAGAUAAUAAAUAAUCAAAUAAUUUAUAUUUUUUAACAUAUCUGUAUCUAAUAAUAACCCAUUUUAAAUAGUUGACUAUUACAAACUGCAAAUUGGACUGAAAUUGGUUGUAUAAUACUCCAGGCGACGCAUUGAUUCAUUUAUUUAUUUUAUUUGU